GUUUUCUUACCUGUCUUAAUUUUCUCUCCCAGUGCCGUCUCCAACUCCAUUUUGAAGAGAGAGAGAGAGACAAACAGAGACAGAGAUCGACGAAAAUGGAGAAAGGCAAAGGAAGAAAGGAGGAGGUCGUUACCAGGGAGUACACUAUCAAUCUCCACAGGCGCCUUCAUAGCUGCACAUUCAAGAAGAAGGCACCCAAUGCGAUCAAAGAGAUCAGGAAGUUUGCAUUGAAAGCAAUGGGAACAAAGGACGUUAGAGUCGAUGUUAAGCUCAACAAGCAGAUAUGGAGCAAAGGAAUCAGAGGUCCUCCUAGGAGAAUCAGAGUCCGCGUGGCCCGUAAGAGGAACGAUGAUGAAGAUGCCAAGGAAGAGUUCUACUCCCUCGUCACUGUCGCUGAGAUUCCUGCUGAAGGGUUGUCUGGUUUGGGCACUAAGGUCAUCGAGGAAGACGAGUGAAAAAAAAAAAAAGGUGAUGUAUUCACACAAAUCCUUAUCCUUGAAAUAUUGUUGCAGCUACUUUUUGUUUCAAUCUUUAGAUGAAAGACAGAAAGAGAAAGACUUUGCUUGUUUUGAUCAUUUACACAUUUUGGUAAUUUAUUUCUUAUGUUUUAAUUUC